CAAGGUGUAAAGUUCCUGGAAUCUUCAGCUUGCACUUUCCAGUAUUCUACGCGUACGAAAAUACUCUAAUCCAUUUUGUCAGGUUGACUCGUAGUUUUGAAUUCAACACCACCAUCAACAACUACAACUACAAGAAGAAGAAGAGAAACCUGUCAUCUUUUUCAAUCAAAAUCCAUUUCACUAACCAAACCAUCAGGAAGACACGAACAUCAGAUAGUACUAUCCUUUUUUUUUCUUGGGGUGGUACUCUUUUCGUCGUCUUUUACCUUCAGAAUCCCUGUUUAUCAUAUGGAUUCUGACGAGUCUUCUCCCCAGCUCAAAGGUGUCGUUAUCAUCACUCUUCCUCCUCCGGAUAACCCUUCUUUAGGCAAAACCAUCACUGCUUUUACUGUUACUGAUGACUCUCCACAACCACACCAAACUCCACAAGAAAAUGGUGUGAUUCCUCAGGAGCAAUACCCAGUUCCUGAACUUCCACUUCAGUCUCCCACUAUUCGGUUCUCUUCGCAAAGACUCCUUUUUGGCUUUCCAAGGAAGCUUUUUGGCCUUCUGGGUAUCUCUGUUUUGGCUCUUCUUCUUUAUAGUUCUGUGUUUUCACUGACGUUUCAAGAGCUUCGUAAUUCUAAUGAUGAUCGUGAGGGUAAGAAGACUUUUAUUUUCCCUUUGUAUCAUAAAUCUAGUGUUCGUGAGAAUGAUAUUGAGUUUAAGCUAGGGAGGGUUGUAGCUCCAAUUGAUGCUGACAAAAAGAAAAUCAACAAAAAGCUUGUUUCUGCUAAUACUGUGGGUGUUGAUCCUUCUUCAAUUUUCCCAGUUAGGGGCAACGUUUAUCCAGAUGGACUAUAUUUCACAUAUAUGCUUGUCGGGAGCCCUCCAAGACCUUAUUUUCUUGAUAUUGAUACUGGGAGUGACUUAACAUGGAUUCAAUGCGAUGCUCCUUGCUCCAGCUGUGCCAAGGGAGCAAAUCCUUUAUAUAAGCCAAGAAUUGAGAGCAUAGUACCUUCCAAGGACCCACUGUGCAAGGAAAUUCAGAGAAGUCAGAAAGGUGCAUAUUGUGAAGCUUGCCAGUGUGACUAUGAGAUUGAAUACGCAGAUCGUAGCUCCUCUAUGGGGGUUCUUGCAAAAGAUGAGCUUCAAAUAAUGACUACAAAUGGAUCGUUGACCAAGUUAAAUGUUGUUUUUGGGUGUGCGUAUGAUCAACAAGGCUUGCUUUUAAACACUCUAGUACAAACAGAUGGAAUCCUUGGACUAAGCAGAGCUAAAGUCAGUUUACCUUCCCAAUUGGCAAGCCAAAAAUUCAUUGAUAAUGUGGUCGGUCACUGCCUAGACACCGAUGCUGGUCAUGGCGGAUAUCUGUUCUUAGGUGGUGAUCUUGUACCAAAUUGGGGUAUGACAUGGGUUCCCAUGCUGGACACUCCCUCCAUAGACUUUUAUCAUACGGCGAUUGUGAAAAUGAAUUAUGGAAGUAGCCUGCUCAGUUUAGGCAGUUGGGGAGUAGUACGGGUACUGUUUGAUACCGGCAGUUCUUAUACCUACUUCACAAAACAAGCAUAUAUCAGAUUGGUUGCUUUGCUUAAAGAAGUUUCCAACAUGGGACUCAUCCUAGAUUCAUCGGAUACAACAUUGCCCAUUUGUUGGCGAGCAAAACUUCCCAUCAGGUCCGUUAUGGAUGUGAAGCAGUACUUCAAGACUUUGACCCUUCAGUUUGGGAGCAAAUGGUGGAUUGUUUCUACAAAGCUUCGGAUUCCGCCAGAGGGCUACUUGAUCGUUAGUAAGAAAGGCAAUAUAUGCCUGGGUAUACUCAAUGGAAGUGAAGUACAUGAUGGAUCCACAAUUAUACUUGGAGAUAUCUCUAUGCGUGGGCAACUGGUCGUGUAUGACAACAUGAAUCGGAGGAUUGGUUGGACAAAAUCAGAUUGCGUCAAGCCUCAACAGAUGAAGACCCUGCCAUUCUUUGAGGGAUCAGCUGAUCUGGGUAUGAAGUAGGGAGUUUUAUGUAUAUAUUAACCUUAUAUCUUAGAGCUCAUUAUACUUAUACUCUCGAUGAAAUUCUGUGUAUGAACCUCAACAUUUAUGAAAAUAUAGUUGUGUGUA